UGGAAUCAUCCACAUCCAGCAGGCAGCGCUUGCUCGGAUUAUGACCAUCUUAGAAAUCGCACAAGGUCAUUGGAUGCAUUGGCCACCAAAAAUAAACCCUUUACUCGUUUGAUAAAUUUAGGAUUUUCAACAAGGACGCUUGUCCUGAACAGAGUGCAGAAUGUCAGGAAACGGAGAAGAAUGAUCCAUAGAUCUCGAUCUCAAAGGUCAAGUUAGGGUGGGGCGAACGAGGGCUGCCCUUAAAAAGCCAGUAAAAGUCAAAUGAUGGCAUUGGCCAAGAUGCAAUUGAGCCCAUAAUUCUCUGACAAGGUCAUGGAUAAUACAUCCUUAGGAUCAUGGCAUAAAGAAAGAAACGCUCUCAAAAUCCUUCCCAUUUCUCUGUGGGCGCUCUUCGUAAGCCCGUGAUUAAUUAGCAAAAAACGAGUCCGUCACGCCAUGACGCAGGUUAUGUGACAAAGCCUACCUUAUUUGAGGCUCCCUAAUGAGAGAUGCUCUUGAUAUCAAGGAGAAUGAUGCUCAAAAUGUACAUGCGAACAAACGAGAUGGCAGUUGUGACAUCCCGCAUGUUUUCAGUUUCAGAUUGGUCGUCGGUGUAGAAACAUCUGAUGUGACGGAGUUGGCGGAAGAACAAGCUGUGUUUUGAAAAACACGAGGUCUCAAGCCAGGAAACCUACAUUUACGAUGAAUCUGAGAGGGAUCUCGAUGGCUUCCUGUUGCCUCAGCUGGUUGCUGUUCUUGUUAGUAUUGGUGGGUCGAGUUGACUCCGAGACAAUUGUGGUCGAAUCCGACAACGGCGAAAAGCACGCAUUUCACAUCCCGCACAUGAAAUUCAAUCAGAAGAAAUUAGAGGAACUCAAAAACCGGAACCGCGAUCCCAAGCAGUUUAUUGGAGCAAGUGUGUUGUCCUCAAUUGCGGUGGUGAACGAUGAUGAUCCUGAAUACAUGAAGCAACGAUAUCAAAAGGAAUACGAACGAACUAGUCAAAAGAGUCGCCAGGGUUCGAGCCCAGCCACCACGCCCACCUUCAAGUUUUACUUAUACGACGACAACGGAAUAUUGGUUCAAGAGAAUCUCUCCCUGCAUGACAUCCAGCAGAUUUUGCUCAUACAAAGCAAGAGCUUCGGCCUGAGCCAACUCCAAUGGUUGAUCGGCAAUAUCAAUCCUCCUCAAUUUCCCAACCCAAACACCGUGGAACAAGAGGGCACUGAAGUUACUCCCGCUCCUUACGCUCGAACUACAGAAUCCGUUCCCGAUACAACUCACAAUGGAACUUGGAGCUGGAUGGAUGUAACUAAGAGAGAGCAAUUAGUCACAAGACGACCCUCGCCUACUGUUCCCAUGGCUACCAUUGACUACACCAAAACCAAUUCACCAAUUGAAAGCCUCGGGAUCCAAGGUGAAUCAGCCACUGAAUUUGGUCCCCUUCAAACUUUUCAACAAGUGACGAGUAAAGACGGCCAAGUAUUAUUCACUUCCCAAAGUAUCUCGUCCAAUUCCGGAGGGGCUGGCCCUCAAACCCCUCCCACGAUCCCAUCAGAACCAGCUGAACCAACCAUGAAUGAGAACCACAUUGAAGACCACGAACACCAUCCCCACCAUGAUGAGAACCAUCAUGACAAUCAUCAACACCAUCAUGAACAUGAUGGUCAUGGCCAUGGACACGACCAAGAACCUGAUAGUCAUGACCAUGGACACGACCAUGAACAUGAUGACCAUGAGCACGGCCAUGACCACGAUCACCAUGGCCAUCACGAGCAUCACUUCACUCCGAGCAAUCUCCCCAAAAUUGCUUUACCCCAGGGUUCCUCUGACAACCUCGGUCUUGCAGCUUCUACUUCUCAUCUAACACGAGCUGAAAGAGCUUUUGUGGACGUCAACAACGAACUUGGAUUCCGAUUCUACCGGAAGCUCUUGAAAGACCAUGGGCAAGAGAACAUGGUGUUUUCUUCAAUUUCUACCACAACAUCUCUGGCCAUGGUCUUCUUAGGAUCGCGUGGAAAUACAUCUUGGCAGUUAAACGAGAUUCUGCGCUUAGAUGAGAUGAUCUCAUUCAACCCUCAUCUGAUGUUCAAAAACAUAACCGACACCUUGGCAGAAUCUAAUGAAUUGCUCACAACAGCUUGUCUCAAGGCCCUCUUAGUGGACAAGAAUGAAGAUCCUUUGAUGGAGUUCUACAAAGCUAGAGCUAGAUAUUUCUAUAAUGGUCUCAUCGAGAACGUAGAUUAUGACCAGAUUGAAGAGGAAAUCAAGGAGCUCAUCAACCAAAUGAUCUUCAUGAAAACCAAAAAACGCGUGAAAGAUUUUCUUGGACACGAGCAUCCCCAUCCAGUCGGGCCAAUGUCUUUCUUCGGAGCAAACUUUUUUCAUGGCAAGCCAGGAGUCCAAGGAGAUGUGGAGGAAAUGAACUUUAUCAAUCUUCCACGAGCUCGUCGCUUAGUUUCUGUGUCUUCAAUGAGGAAAGAGGCCCGAUUGAAUGCGUGCUAUCACCGAGGAAUGGACGUGUCAGCCUUAGAACUUCCAUAUAGUGACCCUGCUUUGAGUUUGAUCCUGAUCCUUCCCGGGAAACAAACCGAAUUCAUCGCCGGGGGCCUUCAAAAAAUCGAGUCCAAGCUUUCUGUAGAGAAUUGGAACGAGCUAAUGACAGCUUUUCUGCCUUUGGAUUUGGACAUCCAAGUGCCAAUAUUUCAACACCGUUCCAUGUUGGAUCUAAGUGAUGCUGUGAAGAACAUGAGUGCCAAAUAUGCCUUUGACGGAGACAACGCCGACUUCACGGGAAUCAACGGAGGUCUGGACCUUUAUUUGUCGUCAAUACUUCAACUCAACGAGUUUCGCUUUGACUCAGUUUUCUUGAACGAGGAGCAGGAUCCAGCCACCCAAGAGAGCGAAAAAGAGCCCAAGAGUGGGAUUUGGGACCUAUUUGGGUUGAGCAGAAAUGGACGACAAACAGAGGGCGAAUCGCAACGAUUCCAAUUGAGGUUUGAUCGGCAAUUUCUGUAUGCGGUCAGACAUAAUUAUUCCGGUAUGAUCUUGUACUUGGGUCGAUAUUACCAACCAGAGUCGGCAGAUGGCGCUCAUGGCCAUCACAGUCAUCAUGAUGAACAUGACCAUGAACACGAUCAUCAUAAUCAUUAAAUCAUGUACAAAAUUAUCUUUCCUUUUUACGGAAUUGUCAGUUUCUUGUUGAGCAAUAAAAAAAGCAGUCCUGCUUUACAACCA